AGGCAAACAGCAGCAGUAGCAACAGCAGAAGAGUAGAUUGUGCAAGUCGAUGUAAAUUGUCAAAAAAUCUAGUUCAAAAAAUGGUGAGACAGCGAGAGCAUCGCAGCUCGACUUCGGUCCCUUCGUGUCCAGUCUGCAGUUAACCGGAGUCUCGCGUGUUUUAUCCUCGGUCGUGCUAAAGAACAAACUUCUUCGCUAAAAGCUGCGAUGAAUGAACGGCUCUGAAAAUCGCGCUUUUCUUCUCAUUCGCAGUGUUAGUGGUUGGUUGUGAGUGGUGUGCGAUGUUGUGUCGUUAGCUGAAGAGAUUUUCAGCUAUGUCGGCUGCUCCGGGAGGCAGGACCGGAUCGGCACCCACCCCUACCAAUGCUGUCUCCCUCAAAUCUAUCGAGGUGCCCCAGGCCCUGCAGAACGGUGAAAAAUUCAUCAAAUGGGAUGAGGACUCUGGGGUGGGGACUCCGAUCACCCUCCGGGUGGACAAGCAUGGCUUCUAUCUUCACUGGGUGGAUCAAAACCAUGAAAUGGACCUUCUCGACAUCGCCACCAUCAGAGAUACGAGAACGGGUCGAUAUGCGAAAAUCCCAAAGGACCCUAAAUUAAGACAAAUCGUGACGAUGGGCUCUCAAGAUACGCUCGAGGAGAAGACAGUGACUGUUUGUUGUGCCAAUGACUUUGUGAAUAUGAAUUUUAUAAAUUUUUGUUGUACGAGGAAAGAAAUUGCAAGACUGUGGACGGACGCACUUAUGAGUCUGGCAUACAAUCUCAACCAAAUCAAUGGCACAGCCAAUCUCUACCUUUUGAAGGCUUACACGAAGCUUAUUUUGGUCACAGACAAGACGGGGAAGAUUCCAAUCAAAAACAUAAUAAAAAUGUUUGCUCAAAGCAGAGAUGACAAAAGACGGAUUGAGACAGUUUUGCAAUCGACGGGGCUACCCUAUGGCAAGAAUGACACGAUAAGUCCCGAAAAAUUCCAAUUUGAAGAUUUUUUUAAUUUUUAUAAAAACUUGACACAACGGAGCGAAAUCGAGAAGGUUUUUAACGACAUUGUUGGUUCAAAGAAGCACAUGACGGCCGCACAAUUCGUCGAUUUUUUGAACAAGACUCAACGAGACCCUCGCUUGAACGAAAUUCUUCAUCCGUAUGCAAAUACGGCAAGAGCCAAAGACAUAAUCGCGCAAUACGAGCCCAACAAGUACAAUGCACAAAAAGGCCAGUUAUCAUUCGACGGUUUUCUCCGUUACCUCAUGUCUGAAGAUAACAAUAUAAUAGCACCCAGCAGAUACGAGCUUUGCGACGAAAUGGAUCAUCCUCUCGCACACUAUUUCAUAAAUUCAUCCCACAAUACAUAUUUAACCGGGCAUCAAUUAACGGGAAAAUCCAGCACAGAGAUGUACAGGCAGUGUUUAUUAGCUGGAUGUCGCUGCGUCGAGUUGGAUUUCUGGAACGGGAGAGAGGAACCGAUCAUCGUGCACGGUUAUACUUUCGUUCCUGAAAUAUCGGCGAGAGAAGUGUUGGAAGCGAUUGCUGAAAGUGCAUUCAAAACGUCUGAUUUUCCCGUUGUUUUAUCGUUUGAAAAUCACUGUAAUCCGAGACAGCAGGCAAAAAUUGCCAAUUAUUGUCGAGAGAUUUUCGGGGAAAUGCUACUAGAGGCACCUUUAGAGGCUUACAAGUUGGAGCCAGGCCAGCCUUUGCCUCCCCCGUCGGUGCUGAAGCGCAAGAUAAUCAUAAAGAAUAAAAAAAAACAUCAUCAUCACCACCACCAUCACCACCACCAUAGAAAAAGCACAACAGCCCAACCGGAAGCACCGGCGUUAGAACGCACCGGAAACGGCGAUGUUCCUCACCAUGCUCCUCCAUUGCAGGCGAAUUGCAGACAAGGUUCUAAAGACUCCACCGGUACGGAAGAUGAGGAAUCAUCUAGCGACGAGGACGGCGAGACGCUAGAAACCGACAAUUCAACCGAACCGACAAAUGAAGGAAGCGAUCACAAAGCUGCAACUGCUACCGAGACCGAAGCGGGAGCUGAAAUAUCGGCACUUGUUAAUUAUGUGCAACCGGUGCAUUUUACCAGUUUUGAAAAUGCGAAAAAAAAGAACCGAAGUUAUGAAAUGUCUUCAUUUGAUGAGAAACAAGCGACGUCGCUGUUGAAGGAGUAUCCGGUGCAGUUUGUCAACUACAACAAACAUCAAUUGAGCAGAGUUUAUCCAGCCGGUACUCGUUUUGACUCGUCAAAUUUUAUGCCCCAGGUGUUUUGGAACGCCGGAUGUCAACUCGUAGCGUUGAAUUUUCAAACGCUCGAUUUGGCAAUGCAACUGAAUCUCGGCAUUUUCGAGUACAACUUCCGCUGCGGUUAUUUGCUCAAGCCUGAAUUUAUGCGAAGAACUGAUAGGCGAUUCUAUCCUUUUGCCGAGUCGACUGUCGAUGGUAUUAUCGCUGGUACAGUCAAAAUAUCUGUGAUAUCUGGACAAUUUUUGACUGAUAAGAGAGUAGGGACUUACGUCGAAGUGGAAAUGUAUGGCCUACCAGCAGACACUGUGAGGAAACGCUUCCGGACGAAAACAGUACCCAACAACGGCAUCAACCCAGUCUACGACGACGAACCUUUCGUCUUCAAAAAGGUUGUUUUACCGGAUUUGGCUUCGAUUCGGAUAGCAGCGUAUGAAGAAUCGGGCAGGUUUAUCGGCCAUCGAGUUCUUCCAGUUGUUGGUUUGUGUCCCGGCUAUCGGCACGUGAACCUCCGAACCGAAAUCGGCCAGCCACUACCCCUAGCAACGCUCUUCCUCCAUAUCGUGGUCAAAGACUACGUCCCUGAUGGACUCUCCGACUUUGCAGAGGCCUUGGCAAACCCUAUCAAGUAUCAGAGUGACCUUGAGAAACGAGCUCAACAAUUGGCUGUGCUCACUGAUGACAUGGAACCAGCAGAAGGCAGUGAAGAUCAGAAGAAAAACAGUUUAACAAAAUUAGCGAAAGAACAAGCCACGAACGGAAGUCCGGUCCAGAGGCCUUUAAUAGCGACAGGGGCGGCAUCUGUGGAUGCGACUUCAGAUAAUGAAGGGCCGGUGAUUGCAACUAGUGUUGACACGAAGAAUCCUCCCCAUGACUCAAAUUCCUUACCCAAGACCGUUGAGGUGAAAGAAGAGAAGUUUGAAGAGCUCGUAGCUGAGCCUUUAGAUAAAAUUCUUGACAAUAAAUUAGUUAAAGAGAAGAAAAUGGAGUUGGAUAAGAAGUUGGAGAAUUUGAGGAAGAAACACGAGAAGAAGAAAAUGACGCUUCAGUCGCAGAAAUCGGGCGACUUCUCUGAGAAGAGGUCGAGGUUAAUAAACAUGAAGCUGGUCAAGAGACUAUCAAGUAAAAAUAUCGUCAGCGGCGUUUUUUCGACGGAAUCCCCGAGCGUGGAGCCCCUCACAUGCGUGGCCGACGGCCCUGAAACCAGUAGCGCCGACACCGAAAAGCCCUCACUUCCCCGAAGCCACUCCGAGCGUCUCUUGUCCGUAAACCGCGACUUCGUCUGUCAGGAGAAGGAACUUCGCGAGAAAUACCACGAAGUGAUCUUCAACACGGCUGAAAAAGUGAUGAAAAUCUCGCAAAACAACCAACUGAAAACACUCAAAGACCAGUUCGAGCGCGAGACUACGGACUUGAUGCGGAAGCUGCAAGCCGACCACCGGGAAGAAGUGAAAGCUUUGGCGAAAAAGCACCGGAAUCGCGAGCAAUUCACUCGGGUUAAACGCGAAGCGGAGUCGGCCGUCGUGGGCAGAGGCGUCUCCGAGAGGGAGAAACUGGGGCAGAUUUUCGAGAGUCGGAGGGAGGAAUUGCAGCGGCAACACGAGGCUGUUAAGGACGCCUUAGCUGAGUGUAGAAACAAGGCGAAAGUCGCUCUUUUGAAAGAGUUCGAAACGCGGAUGGCGAGAGUGGAAUCUGAAAGCGGUGGAGUUCUGUGACUGUUUUCUUAAGCAAACAAUCUUUUUUUCAAGUCUAACUGUGAGUUACCUGAUGAGACCUUCAAAAUGAAAUCUCUAGUUGUAAAGUGCAAUAUUUAAGGAUAUUGUCGUAAUUUAUUUAACGAAUACUGUCUUUGAUACUCUCGACAAUCAAAAUGUUAAGGUGGCCCAGAUGUUUUUAAGUGCUACAGUCCUUUGGUCUUGUUACUAUAACAUAGUCUGUAUUGAUGUUUAUCGUUUAUUGUGAUAGUAGGUAUUAGAGAAAAAUAAUAUUAGAGCGUUUUCAAGUGAUAAAUUAUUGUUAAUUUGCAACGUAACGCCAGUGUAUGAUCGGUUUAUUUAUCGAAAGCGAAUUAUUUAGCCUUCCUUAGCGUGCAUUUCCAAGGGUGUGGUAUACAAAUACAUUUAUAUUUUCGAGCAAAAUUGAAAAAAACAAACUAAUUUAGGUAAUUUAAUUUAUUAAAGUGGCUGUGAGGAGACAUGACAAAAGUUAUUAAGAGGCGUGAAGUCCUGUUGACAAUAAAACACACAAAAGCUAUUUAUUACUUAAUUGUUUUAAUUUAUUUUUGGCAACGACCUAAAUUAUUUCGUGUUUGUGUACCAUCAACCCGAGCAUUUUUUAUGAAAUAAUUUUUCGUUGGUGACGGAUGUACUAGAAUAGGUACUAUAUUAGUAAGUAAUUAGAAAAGUGCCACCAACUGUGAAACGUUAUUUCGUAAUAGAUUUACCUUGUUAUUAAAUGUAUGUAUUUAUUUUCAUAAUAUGUGCUAUUUUGGCCGGUGUCAACGACAUGCAGUAACCCAAUUACCAUAAUAAGAGUAACCAGUUACUUAUUUCAUUGACACCCGGUAUAUACCGUGAUGUAGCGUAAGUUUUUGGUAUUAUAAUUUGGGAUCUUCCGAGCGGGUUUAGUAGAUCUAGUCAUUUUAUUUUAUUAAUAAACUUAAGCAGAAUCAAGUGAGGUCUUUAUUUUCUUGUCCUUAGCACAGAACUAUCUUUAAGUCUUCUGAAACUGACAUGUUUUUACGAUUUAUUUAAUGGUAGUUCUGUUAUUAAUAGUGUUCUGUGGCGAACACCGGAAGUCGUAAUAAUUUCGUUGUGAUACGAUGAAAAUUUUAAUGAUUUCGCAAUGCACUGGGUACAGCAUUAUCGAUUAAAUCAUUCAAAAAAAAAGUGGUUUUGUUGUGGCGGCACUUUACCGGAAACGGCCUGAAUUCUGAAAAUUAUAAUUUUGUUGAAUUGUACACAGAUCAAGAAGCUUAAUAUUGAAUCUUCGAUGUUGCUGACUAGUGUUUGUUGCUACUAAUUGUUAAUAUAACUGGUUGUUGAAUAUGUAGUAUAGAAAAAUUGUUAGGUGAAACGGCCACUCCCCUUAUUCCGAUCUAACUAAGUUAGUUAAUUGUCUAUAAAUAAAAGUGGAAUAAGGGUGACAACAACUGGCGGUUGAAGUUAUGCGAUAGAUGUAGUAUAAAUUAUUUCCCUCAUUAGGUAUUGUACUCCAUAUAACAUACUCGAAAACGGCCUAUUUAGUCUAAAUGUUUUCGUUGAUUUUUUUAACCAAAAUGUACAGUGGAAUUAACUGUUUGAUUCGUUUAAAUUCUAUAAUCGCGUUUUCUAGGUAUAGGUACUUAUUUUUGUUUACGAGUGCUCAAGAGAGUUUUGACGAGAUUUGUUGAUUUUAUUUAUAGUUUUAAGCAGACGUUGUUUUUGAUUACAUUCCAUUUAAUUUUGUUAGUGAGUGAUUAUUGUUGAAUACAUUUACGAAUUUCAGCAUUUUGUAUUUUUCCAAGUCGUGCCUUUUAACCAUGAAUAAUUUUACUUGUACACUAUUCUUACUCAUCUGUGUAUUACAUGUGUUUACUAUGAAGUUUGUGUCAGAAUAGAUUUAUGUGCUCUA